AGGAGCUUGGCGACGCGCAGCUUGCGGCGGUGUGCCAAUGCUGGCUUGGAUAUGCCGUAGCUCCGCCUCAGGCAGGCGCGUGACGUCCCUGCCGUCACCAGCUCAAGCGCGUUAAUCAGCCGGGCGUGGCGCCGUCGAUAGCGCGUACGAGCUGGGCCGUAACAGGGAAGGUCUUGAAGAAUGCUUUACUGCCUUUCGCCGGUAGCUACUGUACUCUUCCCGCUAUUUGCAUUAUUACAACUCUGCCAUAUCUCUGAUCUAGCGCCACCCAGCUUUCUGGUCAUGACGUCCUUAUCGCAUGGCGAGUCGGUGCUGGGGGAGCCGCAAAGCUCACUCCAAGUCCGCAGGGACGCAGCCCCGGGAGGGCGUGUUGAGAAUGGCCGGGCUCCGGUGGAACUCUUCGGAACCAAACUAAACCCCAACUGGCGCGUGUGCCGUGGGUGGCAACCGGCGUAUCCGUCUCGAGCCGUCGCGUCACGUAAUGGCCAGAGAGUGCCGGUGCCUCCGGGGUUGUGCAAGGCAUAUAAGCGGAACUGUGGCAUGAGGCGUCGAUCUUUGAGGUAGCGUGGUCAGACACAGGCGCCGCGGAUUGCGUCGCGUG